GUGCGGCGCAGCGCUGGCCCCCACCUCGGCAGCACGGCAGCCGCGCGGAACUCGCGUUCCGGUGCCGCGGGGCCCACCCGGAGCCCGGCGGCACGGACCGGCGGCGCACCGCCGCGGCGGCGCUUCCUGCUCGGCGGUCGCGGAGCUGGGCAAGGCCGGAGCGCGCUCGGCCAUCGCCGCUCCCCGCCCGCCCGUCGGCAUGCAGCCCUUCACGGUGAACAUCAAGCUGUCGGCGCGGACCCUGACGGGCGCCCUCAGCGCGCCCAACAGGGGGGCGGCGGACUGGGGAUGGCAAGGUUUGAUUGCAUAUGGAUGUCAUUCUCUUGUGCUGAUAGUUGAUGCCAAUACUGCUCAGACUUUACAAGUUUUGGAAAGACACAAAGCUAAUGUUGUCAAGGUUAAAUGGGCUAAAGAAAACUACCAUCACAAUAUUGGCUCUCCAUAUUCUUUACGUUUAGCUUCUGCUGAUGCUACUGGAAAAAUAAUUGUUUGGGAUGUGGCAACGGGAACAGCUCGUUGUGAAAUACAAGAACAUGCAAAACCAAUUCAAGACAUGCAGUGGUUAUGGAAUCAAGAUGCUUCUAGAGAUCUACUACUUGCAAUUCAUCCACCUAAUUAUAUUGUACUGUGGAAUGCAGAUACAGGCACCAAACUUUGGAAGAAAAGUUAUGCAGAAAAUAUUUUGUCUUUUUCGUUUGACCCCUUUGAUCCAUCACACUUAGCUUUACUCACCAGUGAGGGAAUAGUGUUCAUCUCCGACUUCUCUCCUUCCAAAGCUCCUGCCAGCUCAGGAAAGAAGGUCUACAUUUCCAGUCCCCAUUCCAGUCCUUCUCACAACAAGCUGGCUGCUGCUACAGGGGCCAAAAAAGCCCUUGAUAAAGUAAAAAUUUUAAUUAGUAAUGAAAAACCAAGUGCUGAAUCUGUUACACUCAACGAUUGUCUUCAAUUGUCAUACCUGCCUUCCAAAAGAAAUUACAUGUUGUUACUCUAUCCCAGAGAAAUUUUGAUACUUGACUUGGAAGUGAAUCAGACGGUGGGUGUAAUUGCAAUUGAAAGAACGGGUGUGCCUUUCCUACAGGUAAUUCCUUGCUUUCAGCGUGAUGGGUUAUUUUGCCUACAUGAAAAUGGCUGUAUAACUUUAAGAGUUCGCAGAUCUAACUGCUGUAUAACUGGAACUCCAAAUGAAGAACCAGAUCCCGACCCAGUUCAGGAGCUGAUUUAUGAUUUAAGAAGUCAGUGUGAUGCAAUUAGAGUAACAAAAACAGUUCGUCCAUUCAGUAUGGUAUGUUGCCCAGUGAAUGAGAAUUCUGCAGCUCUCAUAGUCAGCGAUGGCAGGGUAAUGAUCUGGGAAUUAAAAUCCAAUAUUUCUGGCAGAAGUUUUCGGAACAGCAGUUCAAGUGCAUCACCCUUGUAUUCCCCAGUUUCAUUCUGUGGGCUUCCUAUAGGAGCAUACCAAAAUAAACUUCCAGACCUAUCAUUAGACAACAUGAUAGCAGGGCAAGGCACAGCUGCUGGAGAAGAACAGUCAAGAAGUUCUUUUCUGCAAGAAGUCCACCUCAAAUUUCUGCUAACUGGACUUCUUUCAGGACUUCCUUUGCCUCCGUUUGCUAUCCGUAUGUGCCCACCUCUUACGACAAAAAACAUUAAACAAUAUGAGCCACUCCUUGCUGUUGGUACAAGUAAUGGCUCUGUCUUGGUGUUUCAUCUUACAAGUGGGCUCUUACACAAAGAGAUAAGCAUCCAUUCCUGUGAAGUCAAGGGAAUUGAGUGGAUAAGCUUGACUGGUUUUCUUUCCUUUGCCACAUCAACACCUAACAAUUUGGGGUUAGUGAGGAAUGAGCUGCAGCUGGUGGAUUUACCAACAGGCAGGAGCUUUGCAUUUCGUGGGGAGCGAGGUAAUGAUGAGCCAGCUAUUGAAAUGAUAAAGGUGUCUCAUUUGAAGCAGUAUCUAGCUGUAGUAUUUAAAGACAAACCCCUGGAAAUCUGGGAUGUCAGAACAUGCACUCUGCUCAGAGAAAUGUCAAAAAACUUCCCUGCAGUGACUGCUCUGGAAUGGUCACCUUCUCAUAACUUAAAAAGCUUGAGAAAGAAGCAGCUAGCAGCCCGUGAGGCCAUGGCCCGACAGACGGUUGCCUCAGAUACUGAAGUUAGCGGUGUAGAAUCUUCUGUUAUCAGUUUGUUACAGGAAGCUGAAAGUAAAUCUGAGCUGAGCCAGAACAUCUCUGCCAGAGAGCAUUUUGUAUUUACAGAUACUGAUGGACAGGUUUAUCAUCUCACAGUAGAAGGAAACUCAGUAAAGGAUAGUGCAAGAAUUCCUCCUGAUGGAAGUAUGGGUAGCAUUACGUGUAUUGCCUGGAAAGGGGAUACCUUGGUUCUUGGAGAUGUUGAUGGAAACUUAAACUUCUGGGACUUGAAAGCUAGAGUAUCCAGGGGGAUCCCUACACACCGAAGCUGGGUGAAAAAAAUACGUUUUGCCCCAGGGAAAGGAAAUCAAAAGCUUAUUGCAGUGUACAAUGAUGGAGCAGAAGUUUGGGAUGCAAAAGAGGUACAAAUGGUAAGCAGUUUAAGAAGCGGAAGAAAUGUCAAUUUCAGGAUCCUGGAUGUAGAUUGGUGUACUUCAGACAAAGUCAUCUUGGCGUCAGAUGAUGGGUGCAUUAGAGUCCUAGAGAUGUCCAUGAAACCAUCAUGUUUUAGAAUGGAUGAACAGGACUUAAUAGAACCUGCAUGGUGUCCCUAUCUCCUUGUUCCAAGGGCUUCGUUAGUUUUAAAAGCAUUCUUAUUGCAUCAGCCGUGGAAUGAGAAAUACUGUCUAGAUAUUUUACAUGUUGAUUAUCCAGAAAAUGAAAAUAUUAAAAACCUGAUUCAAGAGCAACUGAAUUCAUUAUCCAAUGACAUAAAGAAACUUUUGCUUGAUCCGGAGUUUACUCUUUUGCAAAGAUGUCUUCUAGUUGCAAGACUGUAUGGAGAUGAAUCUGAACUGCAUUUCUGGACUAUUGCUGCUCACUAUUUGCACAGCUUAUCCCAGGAAAAACUUGCAAAACCAGUGGAUACAACCAUACUUCAGGAAAAAUUGGCCAAUCCAUUGGAUAUAUGCUAUGACAUACUGUGUGAAAAUUAUUACUUCCAGAAAUUCCAACUCGAAAGGGUAAAUCUCCAGGAGGUAAAGAGAUCCACAUACGAUCACACCAAGAAAUGUGCUGACCAACUUCUUCUCUUAGGCCAGACUGACAGAGCAGUACAACUACUGUUAGAAACAAACUCAGAGAAUGCACAUUACUACUGUGAUUCACUCAAAGCUUGCUUGGUCACAACUGUCACCUCAUCAGGUCCAUCUCAAAGCACCAUUAAACUGGUAGCAACCAACAUGAUAGCCAAUGGAAAGCUUGCAGAGGGUGUCCAGUUGCUGUGUCUGAUAGAUAAGGCUGCUGAUGCCUGUCGCUACUUGCAAACUUAUGGUGAAUGGAAUCGUGCAGCAUGGCUUGCAAAAGUUCGUUUAAACUCGGAAGAGUGUGCUGAUGUGUUAAAGCGUUGGGUAGAUCACCUUUGCUCUCCACAAGUCAAUCAGAAAUCCAAAGCCAUUCUUGUCCUCUUGUCACUUGGAUGCUUUACAAGAGUUGCAGAGAUGUUGCACAGUAUGAGGUACUUUGAUAGAGCAGCUUUAUUUGUUGAAGCUUGUCUGAAUUAUGGGGCAUUUGAAGUUAAUGAUGAUACAAAUAAACUGAUCCAUGCUGUAUUCGCAGAUUAUGCCAGGAGCUUGAAGAUCCUGGGCUUUAAGCAGGGAGCUAUUCUCUUUGCCUCAAAAGCGGGAGAAACUGGUAAAGAUUUAUUAAUUGAGCUCAAACAGCCUAAAGAGGAAGUGACACAAGAGUAACAAUUUAUCGUUAAAAGGAGAUUUCCUGUCAAACAGGGUGAGAUCAAUCAGGAUUAGAGUCCACUGUGUGAAAAUGAGUUUUCUCCUGAAUUACUAUAAUAGCUGAUAUAUUUGAUAUGAGCAAAAUUUGUUAAAUAUGUGUGGAGGCCAGGUUAAGAACCAGUUAAUAAUACACUUUAUCUCAUUUUUAUGUUUAAAUUGUCUUCAUCUACAAGAGAAGAGAUGGAAGCAUACGAUAAAUUUGUACAAGAAUAUUUCCAACUUUUUUAACUAAAGCAGAGAUGAAAAUUUAAAAAUUUGCUGAAGGAAUUCUAAACAUAUGUAGAAAUCUACAUUUACUUCUAAAAAUCAAAUCUUUAUAGAUCUUCACUACUAUUGUAUUUAUAUGUGUAAAUGACUCAAUCUGUACUGUAAAAAUAUAAAUAUAUUUAAAGAAUAAAUAGAGAUCACAAGGCACACAGUUCUUUCCUGGAAAGUCAUGUUUUCUCAAAUCACAUUUUUCUGUUUAAAAUUGUUGUUUUUUAAAUCAGUUCAUGCUAUUGGCAUUUUCAUAACUGGCUGGAAUGGAAUCUUCACUAGGUUUAAUUAUAGAAAUCGUGCAGUUUAUGAAAAUCCAUCAAAUAUCCUUUGUUCAAGAUAUUCUUGUAUUCCGUGUUAUUGUUACAUGUGCGUUCCCUUCACACCUUAGGGACUAAAUUCUUCCGUGUGUUGACUGGUUACUGGGAUCAAAGGUCUGGAAGAGAUCCUACCUCAAAAGCAGCAAGCAUUAUUGUCCUGCAUACUACUCUUGAGCUGCUAUUGCUGUCUCCACUGUUACUGAUUUAUUUCCUAUUUGAUUGUGUCAUUAACAGUAGGCAGAAAGAGCAUUGCACAAAGCCAAAAUGUUGGCAUUCUAGUGAGGUACUUCUUAAUGAUAACACUUGUUAUGGUCCAGAUGCUUAAGGAUGCCACUGAUGACCUCUUUUUCAUUUUCGUGCCAGUAUUUCAUCAGAAGCAAAAUAGCUUUUCACAGUAUCAUAAUGUUUAAGUGUUUGUUUUCAUUACUGUUUCUCAUGUUGGAUGUAUCUUUUUAAUUUAUUACUGGAUUCAUUGAGAGAUUUUACAACAGAAGAGUAGAUGUUAAUGUUAAAUCAUACUUACAAAUUGAAGACUGAAGCAUGUGAAAAUUAUUCUUAGCUAAAAAGACUUUAUUCCUCUUUAAAUAAAGUUGUGGGAGCUACUGAAGUUUAUUAUGCAGUAGUGGAAGGAAUAUCAAUGUAAAAUGUCUCUCAUUGCUUUGAAUGUAAUUCAUGCGUUGCUUAAAGGGCAUUGGAUUCUCCUUAUGUCUGAGUAUUUUGUAGAUGUAUAUUCUACCCUCCUUCCUCGAGGAGCACCAGCUUCAGGACAUCUUUUAACUCCAUGAACCUUUUCAUGCAGAUCUAAAAUAGCAUUUCUGAUAUAACUGGGAAGGUUUUUUCAAUAUCAUUAUUUUCAAUAACGAUGGUUUUUAUACAAAUUGAAAACGUGAGUUUUGUUGCUCUAAACAUAAAACUAAAUGUUUUAACAAUAGUAGUGUGUCUUGUUUCUUCCUGCUGCCUAUUACAAACACCAUAAAGUAUGAACAUUCUGUUCAAUGUAUUACAAAUAAAGCUUAUAUAGUUACUCUAGUUUGGGAAAAUAAGUAUACAAUGAAAUUUACCUUAAGCAUUAACUGGAAAACAACAAAGUUAUGCAAAAUGACGUGUCAUUCACAAUGGGUUAAAUUCUGGCUCACAGUGACUACUACUACAACACUCCUUAAUUCCUACUCUGCUUCUCAGAAGCAGUACUUGCAGACACUGUUACUGCAUGGUUGAUAUAAGCACACUUGAAUUUUGCCCUCAACAAACCACCUAGAGUUGUUUGCCAUUAGGUCUCUGAGAAAAAAUCUGCUUUAAUAUAUGUUUGGAAUUAUAAAUGUGAUCUUAUGUUUUUAAAAGAAAAACAUUGCAAAGGCCUUUUAAUAUUGAAUGUUUCUAUAUACUUCUAAGUGUGAAGACUGUGUGAUACUCCAUGUUGAAACCUAUAUGAAGAAAAUAUAGUGUAAAAGUGAUUGAAAAAUUCAUUUAGAUAAUAGUGCAGUUACACUACAAUAAUAAACUACACUUUGAAAAUC